UCUCUCAGCUGACAAGAGAAGAAGCCUAAAGUUAUGGAUGGUGAUGGGCCUGAUGGCGAGUCCUUUGGUCAAAGGAGGCCUCCUUUGUAUGAGAUGAUUAAGAAUAUAUUGAGGGAGUACCCUAGUGGACAAAUAUUUAAAGAGAUAAUACAAAAUGCUGACGAUGCUCGGGCAACUGAGGUCAAAUUCUAUUUGGAUUGUCGGGAACUACAAACACUCCCACCUUCACUUAUAGCAGCUGAUAGUAGUGCUAAGCAGCAGCUGCUACAACAGUUCACUGGACCUGCUUUGAUUUCCUAUAACAAUGCUCCUUUCAGGAAAGAAGACUGGGAGAGUAUACAGAGUCUUCAGCAGAGUGGUAAAGCCAAGAAUCCACACAAAGUUGGAAAGUUUGGAAUUGGAUUUAAUUCUGUUUAUCAUAUUACUGACCUACCAGUUAUCCUGAGUCAAAACUAUUGUGGAUUCUUGGAGCCACAGGAAAGAGUGUGGAAGGGAGAAUCAGGUAAAGGAUUUUACUUAGAAAAGUUAACAAAUAAAUAUCAAGAAGCACUGGAACCCUUUGAUGGUCUUUGCGGUUUUUCAAAGCAUAACCCGAGCUACCAGGAAAAGACCUUGUUCAGGUUUCCUUUGCGUAACAUAGAAUCAAAUCUUUCCAGUGACAUGUACACCAUUGAUAAGCUUCAUAGCCUGCUUCACACAUUAAAAGAAGAAGCCCAGUAUUUAUUAGUUUUCCUAAGAUCAGUUUGCUCAAUUGAAAUAUGUAAAAUCACUGAGAGCAAUGAGACAGUAUCGUUAUUUAAAGUCAGUGUGAGUCAGAGAGAUUAUGAGUCGCGAUUAUCUCAACAGAAACAGUUAAUCAGUCGCAUUGAAUCAACAUUUACUGGUCAAUCACAGUAUAGCGUACGUGAUAUCAUCAAAGAUGUAUCACGUUUUAAUAUUGAGAAAAUUGAUCAUGGUACAGUCAGUAAUUACGACUGGCUAGUUGUUAAUCAGAUUGGUAGCAAUGACAAUGAUGUUAUGCAAUUGGCAGAGAAGCAGCAUAUUCUUCCUUGGGUUGGCACAGCUAUUGAUUUAAAGGAUCCUACAUGUAUUGCAAACGGACGUAUUUUCUGUGUGCUGCCUCUACCUGUUGAAGAUCAGGCACCUUUUCAUGUUCACGUUAAUGGAACAUUUGCUAUUAGUAGUAACCGCCGCUCUCUGAAAUGGGAAGCACAAGAAAGGAAAGGAGAUGAAGAGGGAACUUGGAACAAGUAUUUAGUGGAGAAAUGUCUUCCUUCGUGUUACUUCAAGUUAGUUUCUGAGCUGAUGGAGUUGCUGAUUGAUCCUAGCACAGUGUACAGUUGUUGGCCUGACAUCAUAAGAGUCAAUGGUACCCCAUGGUCUGGCGUAUUGGGUCCAUUUUACCAGUUACUAAAGCUGUUAUUUAAAGGAAUGUCGGAGAGCCAUGGACCAGCAUUGAUUGUCCACAAUAAUAGGACAUUCACCAAAGAGGACUUUGAAAACAUAACCAAACUGGCCGGUGCUACGAAAGCUAACCAGCCACUCAAAAUUGGUAAAUUUGGUGUUGGUUUUUGCUCAGUAUAUCACAUCACUGAUGUACCUUCCUUUGUUAGUGGUAAGUGGUUGUAUAUAUUUGAUCCAACACUUAAAUACCUUAAAGGUGUAGUUCGUAAUGAGAGCAGACCGGGUAAAAAAGUUCAGUAUCAGUCUAAGUUUUUAGCUCAAUCUCAACAAAUGGCUCCUUAUGAAAAUUUGUUUGGUUUCAAAUCUACUGCCAAUUACAAUGGUACCAUUUUCCGACUUCCUUUUAGAACGAGUGCCAGUCAAAUUAGCUCUACAAUUUAUGAUGAGCAUCUCAUACAAAAAAUGAAAAAUGACCUUAUAGUAAAUGGCUCGAAGCUACUUCUUUUCCUACAGAAUGUUAAGCGUAUAACUUUUCGCUCAAUGCAAGAGGAUGAAGUAUGUAUUAGCAGUAUCAAUGAAGAAAAUGGCAUUAAACAUUGCAUAACUAAUUCUCCUGCUAACAACUCAGUUAGUGAAUAUUGGUUAGUAUCUCAACAAAAUGAGAAGUUACAAGCACGAGGAGGUGACUACCAGCCUGGAACUGCAUCUAUAGCUUGCCAGCUGGUUAAGGACAAAUCAAGUUUUGAAUGCAAAGCAAUUGAAGGUAGUGUGUUUUGUUUUCUUCCACUUUCACUGCCUUGCACUGGCCUACCAGUCCAUGUUAAUGCUAACUUUGCUGUGAUGAGUAACAGGAGUGGUAUCUGGACUGGAGCUUCAUCUGGAGAGCCUUCUGAUUCAAGGGAGUAUUGGAAUAAGAAGCUGACGACUACAAUCAUACCAAAAGCAUACUGCAAAUUGUUAAAAAUGCUUAAAGAAAUGUGUGUUGUAGGGAGUCUGGUAUCAUAUGAAUUUUAUGUUUUGUGGCCACUAAGUAAUGAGCUACAAAUGAAAUAUCCAUGGGAGGAUAUGAUUCCUGUUCUGCUUAAAUUAAUAUCACGCGAAAGCUUGUUUUACUCCAGUUCAACUCAUCAGUGGUUGACAUUAAAUGAAUCCCAAUUCAUUACUUCACUAUUUGGAUCAAGUGAUUAUACUUCAUUUGAUAAAGCUGCCUCUGUUCUACAGCUACCAGUGGUUUCAUUGCCAAAAUCUUAUUUAGACGAGUUAAAAGAUACAGCUUCCAUAAUUAGUGAGAGUGAGUUUACUACUAAGUUUUUGAACAACAUUGACUUAUUUUCUGACUGCUUUGAAACUCGAAACAAAAUUCUCCUUGUUAUUCUUUCAGCUAUUGGAUCUGAUCCUGGUAAAUACACUGAAUGCACAAUUGAGUUUAAAAGAGUUCCUUCAAUUCCUACUUCACCCAAUGGAACUGCCCUCAAAUUAGCCAAUGAGCUAGUUGAUCCUAUAGAAUUUCAAGACAUGUUUGAUCCAGAAGAUGGCAUCUUUCCAUUGCAUGACUUUUAUGAUAACCCUCUAGUACGUGAAGCAAUGAUUAAGCAACUUAAUUUAAUGACUACCGCUAUCUCAUGGGCUGCAAUCAUCAGCAGUGCCAAAACCAUUAAGUUACUAUUUGAUAGUGACAAAAACAAAAACAAAGCACUUAGAAGAGUAAGACGUAUCAUCAAAUCUAUUGACCAAACUACAUACAUGUAUGAAAGUUGCCCUGAUGAUGCUCUUAAAUCUGUUCCUUUUCUACCAGUGCUACAGAUGCCUGAAAAUUACAUUUUGCCAUGGAAAGGAAAUGGCAACACAAUUUUGCCACCUUCAGAAGUUUUAGCUGUGAGACACAGCACUGAUUUGUGGAAGGUUGGCAUUAUUGCUGGAAGCCAGAAAGCUAUUGUUAACAUUGAUUUUAUGGAUGGAUAUGGUUUAAUUUCAAAUCACGUGUUACAGCUAUUAGAAAUUUCUACAAAGCCAACACUUGAUGAUGUUUUAAACCAUUUUCAGCUUUUAGUUGAGCUAAUGGCAGGUGAGAAUAGCAAGCAAUUUCUUCAAACAGAAGCUUCCAGGUCUCAUAUACAUGCUAUAUGUCAAAAUGUAUAUGAAUUUUUUGAAAAAUUACCAAAAACAGAGAUUGAAGAAAAAUUGAGCUAUUAUUGUGAUAAGCCAUUCAUAUGGAAUGGUAAAGAAUUUGUAGCUCCAUCUAAUGUUGCAAAGAACUGGAAAAGAGAAGGAGGUCCAAUUUUGUACAAAAUUCCGGCCAUUAUGUCAUUAAGAAAGAAUUUGCAAGAGGUACUCCAUAUCCAGGAUAACUUUGAUCUACAUAAGCUGUUGGAUACUUUAGCUGAAAUGUACCAAGAAUAUAAUCAAAAUCCAUUGCCACCUGACUUUCAUGAAUUUAUUGAUUUAUUAAUGUCAGAAUUAGUUUCAGCAAAAGGUAACUGUGAAGGAAGAAAACAGAUAAUAUUAGUUGAUCAAAAUUAUAUCUUACGUCCAAACACUGACCUCUAUUACAAUGAUGCAAAGUGGCUUAAAAUUGAAAAAGAUAAAUAUCACUUUAUUCAUAAGAAUAUGACAAGUCACAGAGCAGAAUUUUUUAGGGUAGAAUUCUAUCGAAAUAGAUACUUGGACAAUUUUGAAGGCACAAAUUUUGGUCAGUGGGAGGACCUAACUCAGAGAAUUAGUAAUAUUUUACGAGACUAUCCACUCAAUGAGAGCUUUAUUAAGGAGCUUCUACAAAAUUCUGAUGAUGCAAAAGCAAAUAGAAUGUGUGUAAUAUUAGAUAAGAGACAGCAUGGUAAAGAAACAACUCCUUCAGAAGACUGGAGUGAUGAUUUACAAGGUCCUGCUCUCUUAGUAUGGAACGACACUGACUUUACUGAUAAUGAUUUGAUAGGUAUACAAAAGCUUGGUCUUGGCUCUAAACGAGAAGAUGAUGAAUCAAUUGGUCAGUUUGGCAUUGGUUUUAAUGUUGUUUAUCAUGUGACUGAUUGUCCUAGUUUCAUAUCAAGAAAUAAUAGUAUUCUAUGUGUUUUUGAUCCUCACUGUCGAUAUGUGCAAGGAGCAAACAAAAGGUAUCCUGGAAGGCAGUAUAAAGACCUUAACAAUGGCUUUUGGGAGACGAUGAAAGACUUACGAAGUGCUUACCUUCAAGACCCUAUUCCUAAUCAACCUGAAUAUUUGAAAACUGGAACUCUCUUUCGGUAUCCUCUUAGAUCAACAGAAAGUCUUGUACAAAAAUCAGAAAUUUUAGAGAAUAAAGAAGUUCACUCUUCAGAAGUUAUGAAUAAAAAGCUUGAUGCAUGGGUCAUCAAGAUUGAAGAAGCACUUUUGUUCCUGAAUCAUGUUGCACAGUUUGAGUAUUAUGUCAUUGAGAGUAGUGAGUGUAAGUUCAAUUUAAAAACUAAGUAUAGUGUGACUAUGAGUGAAACUGCAUCAGACAAUCGUCGUAAUUACCAGUCUUAUUUGACUCAGCAGUCUAUAUUGAGAAAGUCACAAAAAACUUGUAUUCCUAAAGUUUUUACAUAUACCCUCACACUUCACAGUGAAGACAAUCGUUUUAUUAGUGCUUUUAAACAGAAAGAACAGGAGUGGGUUAUUCAACAGGGUGUGGGUGAUUUACUCAAAUCAGACCAGCAAUGGCAGUUUAUGGAUCAUGUUCUACCUAAGCAUGGCUUGGCAGUUCCUUUGAAGCCAAUGCCAUACUUUUCAGGAAAAAUUUUCUGUUUUUUACCACUGCCUAUUAAUUCUAAACUUCCUGUUCAUGUAAAUGGUCAGUUUGUUUUGAGUAGCAAUCGUCGUGCAUUAUGGAAGGGAGGAGAUGAUGAGUAUAGUGAUAAAAUUAAUUGGAAUAAACAAAUGGUGGAAGCAAUAGCUUCAUCAUAUGUUCAUUUUCUUACAGAAUUGAGACAUCUUGUCAUUAUUGACUCUGGCUACAGUGAUAGGGAUGAUUUUUAUGCUGCUGUUAAUAGAUAUUAUCAAUUGUUUCCAUACUGGAUGUCAUCAAGAGUUUCUAAAGAUAAAACAAGUAGCAAUGCAUCACCCAAUGUCAGUGUUGAAGGUUUACCUGUAAUAACAUCACCGUCAUUUAGUAAUACUGGAACUACUUCUCAAUCCGUUACUGUAAAGAAAGAAAAAAUACUUGAUCCACAAUGGCUGUCUCUAGCCGAAUCAGUCUUUUCCAAGCUUUGGACAAUGAAUGUUGAAAUACUGGUAGUUGAAGCAUAUGACAAGAGCAUUAUAAAACCUAAAUGGCACAUACUUCACAAUGACACUGACCCAUUCUCUCAAGUUUAUUUUCAACCUCAACUUGGUCCACAAUCAAAAAAUGUAUUAUCAAUCCUGAGAAAGAUAGGUAUGACACUCACUUGUGCUUCCAAAGUCUUACACAAGCACUGUAAGAAAUUUGGAUCUUUCAUUGCUAAACCAAAUCAAACAUUUGAUUUCUACAAGAAAUUUCAUCCAAGCAUAGUCAGCUUCAAUUCUGAACCUGUCUCAUCUACUCGUUUUGUAACGGAACAAAAUCUUUGUGACUUCUUGAAAUACAUAAUGAAAAAAUCUGAAAGCAGUGACAAUGUUGAGUUUUUUGAGCUUCCAUAUGAUUUACCACUAUUAUUAACAGCAGACAGUUGCAUUAGAUUGUUUAAAGAAAAUAAUAAAGUCUUUUGCAGUAAGCAUUCUGAUCACUUUCCAAAUAGUGCUAGUGCUUUUUUACAUCCUAAUAUGCUAAAACUGAAAAUGUCUCCCUCAUACUUUUUACAAAAAGGAGAGGUUAAUUUUACUUGUGUUAAUGAAAUAUUUAAUGCAAACUUACCAUCAGAGCUGUCCCAUUUUGAAGUAGAUUGUCACAUAAUAGACAGAUCUACAUUGGAGGCCCUGUGGAUUUGCUUGUCAGAUGCUAGAGAAAAUUUUCAUCAGCACCAGAAAGAAUUGGUUAGACAUUGGGCUUUGUUGCCAUCAAUCAGUCAUCUUCUCUAUCGAUCAGAUUCUCCAGUACUACCUAUUAGUCAAAGUAUUAGUGAAGAAGCAGAAAAUGAAUUAAGUUUAAAAAGAAUUUUAUUUGAUAUUCUUCAUAUUCCUAUACUUGAUGUGACAGUGCAUUACAAUGCUUCCAAAUACUGUCCUGUACUUUCUGACUAUGACAAAGUAUUUCGAGUGAUAUAUAACAAGCAAAAUCAAUGCAAUUUUGCAGAAAGUGCUGAGUUAUCUGAGGAAGAUAUUAAUAUUUUAUUGUGCUAUUUCAGUAGAACUACUUUCAGAUACACCCCUGCAAUAAAAAACCAGAUCAAAUCUUUCCCUAUAUUUAAGACAGUAAGUGGGGUAUUUACGUCAUUGUUGGGAAAAAGUGUGUAUUUAUGGCCAAAUGGUGGCUUUUGUUUGGCUGGAUAUGAGAAGUGGGCCUUGUUGGAAAAUGUUUUGUUUCUUGAGUACAAUGGAUCUUGGAAAAAUUUAUGCGGAGAUGAUUUUAAAAUAUUAGGAGAAGUUCCUGAUAAGAAAGAAAUAUACUGCAAGCUAGUUUUUCCACACUUUGCUGAACUAACGAAGGAAGAAAGAAAACGUCACCUUGAAUAUAUCAAAGAUUAUCUUCUUGAUGAGGCUAUGUUUCAGCUUGACAGCAGUAAUUAUGAAGUGCAAGCACUUGCAAGAAAAUUUUUAAUUGAUUUGAAGGCAUUAAAAUGCCUUAGUCAUAACGACAUUUUAUUGAAUAUUGCUAGUUUUUGUGAUCACACUAUGCCUAUAUUCACUACUUUCCCUGAGCAUUUUUAUUUCAUAAGUGAUGAUUAUCAUUCAGAUGAUUGGUUAAAGUUCUUUCGUAAACUUGAUUUACAAGUGAAGAUAGAUUUUGAUACUUUUGUUAAAUUAUCUGAGCAAGCUGAAAGUGGCAAUCAUCCUGAUUUACAUAAAGCAACAGAUGUUCUUUUCUCUUAUGUCUUCUCAGAAGCUGCUAAACCAUGGCAUAGCAAUGAAUACAAAUUGUCUAAGAUUGGUGACAUAAGAUUUGUUAAAACUAAAAAGCUUAAACGGUUUACCUGGAUCAAAGCUCCUUGCAGUCCACCACAUGAAUAUCAGUCACAAAAUAUUGGUCUGACUAAGCUCAAUGAAGCUGUUCUUUAUGAAAAUGCACCACUGAUAUGGACUGUCAAACCAGUCAUUGCCAUACCUAUUCCUCCACCUAACAUGAAUGCUACUGAAGCAUUAGAUGUUUUUGAGAAGCUAGGAGUGAUAUUAGAUCCAGAUCCAAAAGAUGUUUACCAGAAUAUCAUUAAUAUUUCACGAACAAGCUUAGCAAAUUCAAAGUUGUUUUCAACUUAUGAUCCUUCUCUUGAAUAUUUCGAUGAAAUAAAUCAGGCUGAUAUUUUUAGCAUCAUUUUUAAAAUUAUUCAGUACUUACAUAAAAAUAAAAAAACUGAACUCCUUCAAACGCUAACUGAUGUACCCUGCAUACCAGUUCAUGCUGAUGAAACAAAUAGUAGAAAGCCUAUUCUUGUUAGACCACAACAGGUGUUGAGUUCAACAGCAGCCAUGGAUUUUUUCCCAUACCUUCAUUAUGUUCCAACAAAGUUAUUUGGCAUAUUGGAUGCUUUAAAUAUUAUGGGUGUUAGUAAUAAGCUAGAAUUGAGACACAUCAACUAUAUGCUAAGACUGAUGAAUGAAUUUUAUUCCAGGGAUGCUAUUGCUGAUCCAAAUGAAAUACGUCGUAUUAGAAAAGCAAUCAUCAAGCUUUAUGAUCUACUUCUGGACAGAGACAUAAAAAAAUCCGAUAAAAUAUCGCAGCUUGAAUUAUUGUGCCUACCAUCUCAAAUAAAUCGUUCAUAUUUUAAAUUAGUUCCAUCAAAGCAGCUUGUUUUUAAAGACACUAUAAGAUUUAGUCAGAGUGGUUUAAGGCCUGAUAGUUUUUCUGAAUCAUCAUAUUUUUUGUUCAAAAUUCCUUCAAUUGAUAUUGGAAUCAAUAGCGAAUUCAUCAGAGAAAUGGAUUUCUGCCUACAGCUACCAAAAAGUAUUAGACCAAUUGGUCUCUCUCUCUGUGUCCAUGAGACAGUUGUUGAACUUAGCAUAACUAAAGAAAGUCCAUUGGUUCAACAUUUUGCCAAAUUUCAGAAACUGUUUCCACAAAUAGUUGAGCACCUUCCAAAGAUAAUCCAUAUAUAUGGAAGUGAACAUGAAAAGGCAAAUUUUGUAACAAAGUUACAAGAAAUAUUGACUAAAAUGAGUGUGGUGGCAGCUGUUGACCUAUGUGUAAGAGUGAGACUAGGUGAAGACACUGAAUCUAUUGGAGAUUUUAAAGUUGGUUACUCUCUUCAGAAGAACAAUGAAGCCUACACACUCUAUGUAGAUAAAGAAAAUACAUCUGGUCCAAGCCUCUGGCCUGAAAUGGCUCAAACUAUUUGCAUAGAAAUUAGCCGUGCACUUGACUGUGAUUUGGUAAAAUUCUUCCAUUGCAGGAGUGUUCUUAGUCAAAUACUUGCAGUACAAACAGCAAGUGACAUGGAAGCAUUAGUAACUAAUGAAAAAUUUUCAGUAAUUGAUAAUGAUGAUGUGGGAGAUGAUUAUAUUCCAAGAAUUGGUUGUCCUAUACCAGAUGCAUUAUUAAGAAUGCUUUCGCAAGAUAUAAAUCAUAUUUUAAGGCCACAAGAUCUAGUUGGGUAUGAAAAAGCUGUAGAUCAUUACAUAUGGGCUAUGAUACUUCAUCCUGUUAACAACAAUUUGAGAUCAGAUGAACUUAGACUAAAACGAUAUGUGAUAAUGUGGUCUGAAAGUGAAGAGCCUAUUGAAGUAUCAUCUGUUUACUUAUACAAGUUUGUAGCUGAAGAAAUGGUUGAAAUGAGCUUGGAGACAGCUUUAGUUGCUUCAGAAGGUGGAUCAUCUGAGCUUCAGCUGAUUAAAGAUAGCAAAGAGCUGCUUGCAAUAAAGAGAAAAAUUGCUAAGGAACUAAAGCUCAUAUGGAAUUCUGAUCUCACUAAAGAUGAAAGGAAGAAAGCAGUGCGUAGGAUGUUUCUAAAAUACCAUCCAGAUAAAGUAUCAAGUAGUAAUAAGAGUCUUUAUGAAGAAGCAUUCAAAUAUUUACUUAGACAGCUUGAGCGACUAGAGAAAGGACUACCACUAGAAGAACCAGAAGAAGAAGAAACAGAAGAUGAUGACAAUAAGUCAACUUAUUGGCAUGAUUAUUAUUACAAGUGUAAGGAUGAUAUCAGUAGAUCAAGUUAUGGAAGAGGAGGAGGAGGAUGGAGUGGUGGUGGUGGAGGGGGAGGUGGAGGUGGUGGAUGGUGGGCCUACAUUGCUCCUAAACCUGAUGAAGUUGAAGCUCAACGCUGGCUCAGACAAGCAAAAUCUGAUCUUGAAGCUAUGAGAAUCCUACGAAAUUCUCUUCGUGAAAAUUGUGGUGUGUCUUGCCAAGUUUCUUUUAUGGCACAUGAAGUUGUUGAAAAAGCAUUGAAAGCUGGAAUGUAUAAAUUAAUAGGUAUUAAUCCUUCCAGUGAAUCACUAGUUCAUCAUUGCCUAGAAAGGCAUGCUCGUGCUUUAUCAUCUGAAAAACCUGGCCAGCUUGAGGAACUACCAAGAAUGGCAUCCAAAAUGGAAAAAAUAUAUCUUGAAUCUAGGUUCCCAAAUAAGUAUGAUAAACCAACAGCACCAGUCGAUGUGUAUCUUCCUGAUGAAGCCAGAAUUAAUGCUGAAAUGGCUGAAGUAAUUUACAUGCUUAUAGAGAAAAUUGUUACAAAUCAACUUUAG